AUGGAUUCCGGGUCGAAAUUGGCGAUGGCAGCGUUUCUGCUUCUGGCUACGUUGAGCUUCGGUGUUGACGCAAGACUUCCGGUGAAGAGCAUUGUCAGGGGACCGGACUGCGUUGGCACAUCAGAAGAUAAAGUAUACAACACCAGAGUGGGACGUCUCGUCGACAUUCUGGUGGACGAGACCAAAAAUGUGAAAAAGGAGAAUUACAACGAUUAUAGUUACGUUCACAGUUACCCCAACCGUGAUGCUGGCUCUGUCAUUGGCGGCGCCACUUGCGAUAGGCAGCUUUGGAAACUGGAUUGUUGGUCGUGUCUGGUCACUGCCAAGAACAAACUAAAAGACAAUUGCGGCCACACCCAUGAUGCUAGGAUCGAACUCGCGGAUUGCUCUAUUUGGUACAAAAUGAUUAACUGA